CGGUUGCUAGGCAGCACAGAAGUUUGGGUGGUUCUCCAAAAUGUCAAUAUGGCCCCUCUGCUGCCCCCUGUUGGUGCGGAGGUGUUUAGACGCUUCACACCAGCCUCACUGGAGGAAAUUCAGCGAAGGCAUGAAGCUGAAGAGAAGGAGCAGCAAAUCAGAAAGGAGCAGAACAUUGAGAUAGCAGAGGAGGAUCUUCCUAAACCAGCAAGUGACCUGGAAGCUGGGAAGCCCCUCCCCUUUAUUUAUGGAGACCCGCCCGCUGAGUUUCUCAACAUCCCAUUGGAGGAGCUGGAUCCCUUCUACCAAUCACAAAAGACCUUCAUCGUUCUCAGUAAGGGAAAUGUCAUCUACAGGUUCAACGCUGAACCAGCCUGUUACCUGUUGAGUCCCUUCAGCCCUCUGAGGAUCUUCUCCAUCAGGAUCCUCAUCCAUUCUUUAUUCAGCUUGUUCAUCAUGGUGACAAUCCUGACCAACUGUGUGUUCAUGACCAUGAGCGAUCCUCCACCGUGGAGCAAGACAGUGGAAUACGUAUUCACGGGCAUCUACACGUUUGAGGCAACCAUCAAAGUUUUAUCCAGAGGGUUCUGCGUAGGAGACUUCACCUUCCUGAGAGAUCCGUGGAACUGGCUGGACUUCAUGGUCAUCAGCAUGGCAUACCUGACAGAGUUUGUUGACUUGGGAAACGUAUCGGCACUGAGGACGUUCAGAGUGCUUCGAGCCCUGAAAACCAUCACAGUAAUCCCUGGCUUAAAGACGAUUGUCGGAGCGCUCAUCCAAUCAGUGAAGAAGCUGCGUGAUGCCAUGAUUCUGACUGUCUUUUGCCUCAGUGUCUUUGCUCUGAUUGGUCUUCAGCUAUUCAUGGGAAACCUCAGACAAAAAUGCGUACUGAUCCCACCGCUAUUACGCAACGACACAUCAGAGGGAGCUUUCAACAUCAGUUUCCACGAAAACAACAGCAGUGACUUUGAUUUCUACACACACAUUAACAACCCAGACAAUUAUUACCACCUACCUGGUCAACUUGAUGCUCUGCUGUGUGGAAACAGCUCUGAUUCAGGGACCUGUCCAGAUGGAUACAUGUGUCUGAAGGCAGGGAGAAACCCAAACUAUGGGUAUACCAGCUACGACAGUUUUGGUUGGGCGUUUCUGUCUCUGUUCAGACUCAUGACCCAGGACUUCUGGGAAAACCUCUUCCACCUGACGCUGCGAGCUGCAGGUAAAACCUACAUGAUCUUCUUCGUGGUCAUCAUCUUCCUUGGUUCCUUCUACCUCAUUAAUCUCAUCCUGGCGGUGGUUGCCAUGGCGUACGCUGAGCAGAAUGAGGCUAACAUUGCUGAGGCCAAACAAAAAGAAGAGGAGUAUGCCCAGAUUCUGGAAGCACUGAAGCAGAGAGAAGAGGAGCAAGCGGCCAAGAGGGCGGCGCUCUUGGAGAAUCAAGACCCCGCAUCACAAAGCCAAGAGGAGCAUACGAACAUGGAAGAGUUUGAGGAUGACCAGAGACCAUGUCCUCCAUGCUGGUACAUGUUUGCUAACAUCUUCCUGAAGUGGGACUGUUGUGGCUGUUGGCGAUGGCUGAAAAAGCUUCUGUAUACUAUCGUCAUGGAUCCAUUUGUGGACCUUGCCAUCACCAUCUGCAUUGUCCUCAACACUGUCUUCAUGGCCAUGGAGCAUUAUCCAAUGACUGAGGAGUUUGAAGAUCUUCUCAGCACUGGAAAUUUGGUCUUUACAGGGAUCUUUACAGCUGAGAUGGUUCUCAAACUUUUGGCAAUGGAUCCAUAUUAUUACUUCCAGGUGGGCUGGAACAUCUUUGAUAGCAUCAUUGUCACCAUGAGUCUGGUGGAGCUAGGACUGGCUAAUGUUCAGGGUCUGUCAGUGUUGCGGUCCUUCAGAUUGAUGAGAGUGUUUAAGCUAGCCAAGUCGUGGCCGACUCUCAACAUGUUGAUAAAGAUCAUCGGGAACUCUGUGGGAGCCCUGGGGAACUUGACGCUGGUUCUCGCCAUCAUUGUCUUCAUCUUCGCUGUCGUUGGGAUGCAGUUGUUUGGAAAGAGCUACAAAGACUGUGUCUGCCGCAUUGCAGAAGACUGUGAGCUUCCUCGCUGGCACAUGAACGACUUCUUUCAUGCCUUCCUCAUCAUCUUCAGGGUUCUGUGUGGCGAGUGGAUCGAGACAAUGUGGGACUGUAUGCAAGUUGCAGGGGAACCUAUGUGUCUGAUUGUCUUCAUGAUGGUACUGGUGAUUGGAAACCUGGUGGUCCUGAAUCUGUUCCUGGCCUUGCUGCUAAGCUCGUUCAGUGGGGACAAUCUUGCAGUUACAGAAGAUGAAGGAGAAAACAAUCUCCAGAUUGCGAUAAACCGGAUCAGCAGGGGUGUAGCCUGGACCAAGGCCUGGUUCCUGAAACACAUUUGGACUUUGGUGGGAAAGAAAACAAACGUGAACUCAGAUGUGAAUGCUGUACCCUGUGAAGAAGGUGAAAAAUCAAAGGAAGUUUUAGCUCUGACAAUCGUGAAUUCUGAGCAGCCGAUGGUUCAAGUUCCCAAAGUUGAUCUGUCGUUCCUGAGCAGCUACUACCAUAACAUCACAUGUCUGAAGGUCCCCAUUGCUGAAGCCGAGUCUGAUUUUGACAUGCCUGAAAAUGAAGAUGAUGAAGAUGAAGAUAAUGAGGAGGAUGACACAGAAGACGAGCUUUCACAAGGUGAUGAGUCUUCGAUCUGCAGCACUGUGGAGAGAGCUCCUGAAGUCCAAAAAAUAGAAGAGGUAGAAGAAACUCCAGAGGACUGCUAUACAGAAAAGUGUUACAAUCGCUGUCCCUGUCUGGAUAUAGACACGACCCAGAGCAAAGGAAAGAUCUGGUUUAAUUUCAGGAAAACUUGCUUCACCAUCGUAGAGCACAACUACUUCGAGACAUUCAUCAUCUUCAUGAUCCUGCUGAGCAGUGGAGCUCUGGCCUUUGAGGACAUCUACAUUGAGCAGCGCCGGGUAAUCAAGAUAAUUCUGGAAUAUGCAGAUCAGGUUUUCACCUACGUGUUUGUGGUGGAGAUGAUUCUCAAGUGGGUCGCUUAUGGAUUCAAGACCUACUUCACCAAUGCCUGGUGCUGGCUGGACUUCCUCAUCGUAGAUGUGUCUCUGGUGUCACUGACAGCAAACAUCCUGGGAUACUCUGAGCUGGGAGCUAUCAAGUCUCUGAGGACUCUAAGAGCAUUAAGGCCCCUCAGGGCCUUGUCUCGCUUUGAGGGCAUGAGGGUGGUGGUUAAUGCACUGGUUGGUGCCAUCCCCUCCAUCUUCAAUGUGCUGCUGGUCUGUCUGAUCUUCUGGCUCAUCUUUAGCAUCAUGGGUGUGAACCUGUUUGCAGGGAAGUUUUAUUACUGCUUCAACGAAACAUCAGAGGAGUAUUUCUUUCCUGAGGAAGUCAACAAUAAAACCCAGUGUCUCGAUCUGAUUGAGAAAGGCUUCUCCGAGGUCCGUUGGAAGAACACAAAGAUCAACUUUGACAACGUUGGGAUGGGCUACCUGUCUCUGCUGCAAGUGGCCACAUUUAAAGGUUGGAUGGACAUCAUGUAUGCAGCAGUGGACUCCAGAGAGGUGGAGUCCCAGCCAAUGUAUGAGGACAACUUGUACAUGUACAUGUACUUUGUCUGCUUCAUUAUCUUCGGGUCCUUCUUCACCCUCAACCUCUUCAUAGGAGUCAUCAUCGACAAUUUUAACCAGCAGAAAGCAAAGCUCGGAGGAACAGACAUAUUUAUGACAGAAGAACAGAAGAAAUACUACAAUGCCAUGAAGAAACUGGGAUCCAAAAAGCCUCAGAAACCUGUUCCCCGGCCUACAAACAAGUUCCAGGGUCUAGUCUUCGACCUUGUGACCAAGCAGUUUUUUGAUAUCCUCAUCAUGGUGUUGAUCUGUCUCAACAUGGUGACGAUGAUGGUGGAAACAGAUGAGCAGAGUCCUGAAAAGGAAAACAUCCUGUACUGGGUCAACCUUGUCUUCAUUGUCAUUUUCAGCACAGAGUGCUGUCUGAAAAUGAUCGCUCUACGAAAGCACUACUUUAGUGUCGGAUGGAACAUAUUUGACUUUGUAGUCGUUAUAUUGUCCAUUGUUGGCCUUCUUCUUGCUGAUAUCAUUGAGAAGUACUUCGUUUCUCCCACUCUCUUCCGUGUGAUCCGACUGGCUCGCAUUGGGCGGAUUCUUCGUCUCAUUCGUGGAGCUAAGGGAAUUCGAACACUGUUGUUUGCCUUAAUGAUGUCUCUUCCUGCCCUCUUCAACAUUGGCCUCCUUCUCUUCCUCAUCAUGUUCAUCUUCUCCAUCUUUGGGAUGUCUAAUUUUGCUUACGUGAAGAAGGAAAGCAUGAUUGAUGACAUCUUUAACUUUGAGAGCUUUGGGAACAGUAUGAUCUGCCUGUUUAUGAUCACUACAUCAGCUGGAUGGGAUGGACUGCUGAAUCCCAUCAUGAACACACCUCCAGACUGUGAUCCAGACUUUGAAAACCCAGGCACAUCUGUCAGAGGAAACUGUGGCAGCCCGGCGGUGGGCAUUGUCUUCUUUACUUCAUACAUCAUCAUGUCUUUUCUGGUGGUGGUCAAUAUGUAUAUCGCCAUUAUCCUGGAGAACUUUAACGUCGCCACAGAGGAGAGCGCCGACCCACUUUCUGAGGAUGACUUUGAUAUGUUCUAUGAAACCUGGGAGAAGUUUGACCCUCGAGCUUCGCAAUUCAUACACUACAGUGAGCUGUCAGACCUCUGUGAUACUCUACAGGAUCCUAUGAGGAUUCCCAAACCCAACACCAUCAAACUGAUGCAAAUGGACUUGCCUUUGGUUCCCGGAGACAAGAUCCACUGUAUGGACAUCCUGCUAGCUCUCACUGCAGAGGUUUUGGGUGAAUCUGAGGCAAUGGAUGCUCUAAAGGCCACAAUAGAGGAUAAGUUCAUGGCCAACAACCCUACAAAGAAGUUGUAUGAACCAAUCAGCAACACUUUGCGUAAGAAACAUGAGGAUCUGGCAGCAACAGUGAUCCAGAGAGCCUACAGGAGAUGUCUUCUGCAGCGAGUGAUCAAACUGGCGUCCUACAAGUACAGAGAGAGGACAGGGGGACAGCGAGACAAUCUGUCUCCACCAGAGACGGAAGGAUUUCUCUGUAAACGAAUGGACCAGCUGUAUGGAGACAGUGAGACGGCUCUGGCUGCUCCAGCUGAGGACCGGACUGUCCAGGCGGAACCACAGAGGGACAUUCUCCUCCACUCUGCUCCUCCGCACAGCGACUGCAACUUCCUACACGAUGAGAGCCUGACAGAGACGAUGAUGCAGCUGCAGACAAACUCGAAUCAGGAGUGUUUCCUGUCAAAGGAGCAGCAGACUGAGUAACCCAGAUGACUCUUCUCUGUUUAACAGAGCUUUCUUCAGUUCAGUUUGACACGAAAACCCACAAGGAAAGUGACUCUGGGUUAUUAAUGCCACAAAAGAAACAAAUAAUGUUUCCAAACAGCUCUUCACUUCACUGCUCAUCACUUCAAAGCCAAGACAUCUUUACUUAUCCUUCCUUGUUUCUUUCUUCUGAUUGGUGGAUAUUGAUGUGAUGAAAAGCUGAAGAAACCAAUGGCUGCUAAAAUUGAAGUAGCAAACAGCCAUUCAGAAAGGUUUGGAUUAGGUGAAGAAAGUGGUUAUGUACCAUUAGCCCGCCAGUGGAGCAUCGGAUAGUUGGAGCUUUGGAGCAUGGGCUGCAUGAACGCCCACUUUUACCAUGUCACUCAUAUUCACUCAUAUAACCAGGCUGCUUAAUGCAGAACCUAAAUGUCUUAAAUUUACGAGUAAAGUCAAUUAAUCUGCUGGACAGCAGGAGAUCCAGGCAGUGGGUUAAUCAGCAGGUGUUUGGGAUUUUGUUCCGUACAGUAACGAUGAAAUGAACACAGAGAGUUGUGACAGCUCACACCUGGUUUAAGGUGGCACCUCCUUCCACCAGCAGACACCCAGCCCUGCAUGAAGGAGGAAAACUCCUCCAUCAGUCCCCAAGUCGUCACCCAGCAGACUGCAAACUGGAGGUGACAAUAACUGACUGCGAUGUCAUCACAAGUGUAAAAUGUGGGUCAUUCGUAGCUGAAUAAAGGUUAAACCAAAGGAUGUUACUGUGAAUGUUAUGACAAUGUUACUGCGUUUUAUUCUUCCUUCCUUUUUCUUUCUUGCUUCAGUGCACGAAUCUGGACUCAGAUUAAACGUUUGUACUUUUGUUCUACAAAGGAAUUCAACCCUUUUCCCCCCCUAUGAAAUAAUGUUGCAUCAUGCAAUGUUGACUUUAACGGAUGAAUCAGUAUAUUUGAAAGAUUUCACCUGCAAUAACAUCUAUGCGAUUAAAGCUUCAGAUUGUAUUGAG